CUGCCGUCCAAUCAGAGCCAGCCAUCUGUUCCCAGUUUAGAGGCGAGACUGAGCGCAAGAGAGCAGCGCGCAGUGAUUUGUGCAGGCAUGUGAAGAUCCAAACAGCGCUCAUUCUAUACAUAUUCAAGCCUCAUAUUUCUUAUUAAAUCGUUUCCUUUAUAUUUUACCCUAAAAAGAGUAUAUAUAUAUUUGACUGCAAAGAUGACAGCGUUAUCUCUACUGGUUAUGGCCGUGUCCAUCGCUUUAAUAACUGCAGAAUCAUCUGUUUAUUUCCGAGAGCAAUUUGAAGACGGUGACACCUGGAGGAGCCGAUGGGUGGAAUCCAAGCAUAAAUCAGACUACGGGAAGUUUGUCCUCUCUGCAGGCAAAUUUUAUGGCGAUGCCAAGAAAGAUAAGGGUCUUCAGACCAGUCAGGAUGCUCAUUUCUACGCGCUGUCAUCCCGCUUUGCUGAUUUCAGCAACAAGGAUCAGCCCCUCGGUGAGUGGAAACCCAACCAGAUUGACAAUCCUGUUUACAAGGGGAAAUGGGUGCACCCUGAGAUUGAUAACCCAGAGUACACCGCUGACAACGAAAUCUAUAACUACGAUAGCAUCGGAGUGAUUGGACUGGACUUGUGGCAGGUGAAAUCUGGCACAAUUUUUGACAACUUUCUCAUUACUAAUGACCCUAAGUUGGCAGAAGAGGUUGGCAAUGAGACUUGGGGUGCCAUAAAGGAUGCUGAGAAGAAGAUGAAGGAAGGUCAAGAGGAGGAAGAGAGAAAGAAGCAUGAGGAAGAGGAAAAUACAAGAAAGGAGGAGGCAAAGGAUGAAGAGGAAGAGGAAGAUAAGGAAGAGGAGGAAGAAGAGGAGGAGGAAGGGGAAGAAGAAGAAGAAGAAGAAGAGGAGGAGGAGGGGGAAGAGGAAACAGACUCUAAACUCAAAGACGAGUUGUAGAUUUCAACAGGAACUUGUGAAGAAAUGCCCCAUGAUUAAUGGGGUACAAGGCAGAGAACUGGACUAAUGCUGGACAUUCCUUUUUGUUGUCUGUCGGAUGAUUCCGGCAGGAUUUAUUUUUUUGUCUCAUUCCACUACUACAAACCUAUUUUUAGAUUAACUUUUUUCAUCAUUUUCAUUUGCAUGAUGUCAAGCAAAGUCCCAAGCAUUUUCAGUCGGGCAGGGUUGAAGGCAGCCAACAUGAAAAUCACACAUCCCCAUCUGUAGUGUGAGAUACCACAAUCCAUAAAAAUUCAACGCUCAUGUUUACAAAUGUCAGAUAUCCUGUUUGCUAAGCAAUUCUGUGACAUGAAACUUGAAUCAUAACAGUCAUCAACUGGUAGCUACAAUACACUAGAAUACUUACCUCAAAAAACAUUAUCGUUAUCGAUUUUGUUGAUAAUAUGGAGCAAAUCUGAGGUACUGUUGCCGCCAUUUCGUUCCCAUUUCACUUCUGUUACAGAAUAUGCCAGGUUGUUUAGAUAGAUGUCAUCUCAUCUGCAGCAUUUUGGCUUGACACAGUUUUGCGUGUGUGUGUGUGUGAGUUUGUGUUGGGUUUGAGAGAGAGUCCUCACUUUAUUGCAUGUUUCAUCUUAACCCAAACCUCAAUUUCAUUACAUUUUCCUCGCUCUUAAUAUCAAUCUAUCAGUGAUCAGGUUAAAAUCUUGGUUGUGUACUUUCCUAAACACUCUGUGGAUCUCACAAGCUGAUACAAUUUUGAUCUUGCCCUGGUCAGCAAGCAAAUUCUGACUCACCUGGUUUCUCAAGAGACAAAAUGAAGAAUUUCCAUGUCUGACUGACUGAAUAUUUGGAGAAAGUGAAUUAAUAUCAACAAUGAUUUCUCUGAGUAGCUGCAAAACUCUUGUGUGUUUGCUUUGGUUCUUUUCAUUAACUGAAUUGCUGAUUUAUUGAGUUCGGCAAAUAUGGUAAUCGGGCCCAAGCUGAACCUGUGGAGUGAGGAAAAAUGGAAAGCUUCUGAGAUUUCAAAGGGUGUUACGAGGAAAGUUCCAUAGCGAUUCUAGUAACACUUCUGCUCUCCAACAAGAGAUUUCACAGCCAUUGUGAAUAUUGCACUGCUUCAAUCAGAUACUUCUCCCAGCAAAAUAGAUUGUGACCCCUUUUUUUUUUUAAAGAUAUAUUUUGUACUUUUUGUGUUUGAAGGAUGUUCCUUGACAUAUUGAAAAGUAAAGCUCUAGUAUGAAAGUUGUUG